AAAAUUGACAUUUGACACUUGACAGAAGUGUAAAGGUUAUGAAGUGCUGUUUACUAUUUGGGAAUUAUUUUAUAAUAUUUAUUAUACCCACUAAAAGCAACAUAAAGGAAUAAUUCAUUUCACAAUGUCUAGUUGGAUAAUGUUAAGUAGGCAACUGAAGCAAACUAAAAGGGUGUUCUCUCAUAAUCUCUGUACGACAUCCAGGGUCUUAAAUGUUGACAAUGUUGAAAAAAAUGCAACACCUGAAAAGGUUGGGGGAUUUGCAAAAGCUUUUGAGAAACAGAGCCAUAUAUUGGAAGAGGACAGCACGCCGACACCUACCUUUGCGUCGCUUCUUCGAAAUUCAAAACUAGUUGAUCUUGGAGAUCCAGUUGGCAAAAUAGUUAUAGGUAAAAUAUUUCAUGUAGUGGAAGAUGAUUUAUACAUUGACUUUGGUUGGAAGUUCCACUGUGUUUGCACCAGACCAACCUCCAGAGGUCAGGAAUAUGUCCGAGGAGCAAGAGUGAGGGUCCAAAUUAAAGACCUUGAGCUGUCAUCUAGGUUUCUUGGUUCAAGCACCGAUCUCACACUAUUAGAAGCUGACUGCAAAUUGCUUGGUAUUGUAUCAUCCCCAAUUCGUUCAAGCAGUGAAAAAGAUAAGUAGUAUCCAUAUUGUUUUAUAGUUAAUAAAAAUUAGUAAUAAAUGUUAGUAAGUGU